GCCUUUAACCGCGCUUCAUCGGGCCUGUUUCGGCCAUCGGAACUUUACCCCAGAUUUUGCCCCAGGUUGACCAAAGGAUAUAAGUAUCCUUCCUUUUGAUCUACAUUUUCUUUGACCUUGCUUGAUCCAUCGACUGCUUGAAUCAUGUUGCGUACCGCUGCGAGGUCGUUGAAAACAAAUCCCAUCGCUCGGACAUGGGCUGUUAUGCCUAGGGCAGCCAGGACAUUCUCUCGUUCGUCGGUGGUAUCGUCUCAGGCUGUUCUGAACUCUCUGGAUACCUUCACGGAUGAGGAGCAAAUGCUUCGAGAGACAGUGCAGAAAUUUGCCCAGGAUGUGAUAGCACCAAGAGUGCGCGACAUGGAUGAAAACGAAAUGAUGGAUCCUGCGGUCAUCAAGGGUUUAUUCGAGGCCGGCUUAAUGGGCAUCGAAACAAGUUCGGAGCUUGGUGGUGCGGAAGCAUCGUUCACCUCUGCUAUUAUAGCAAUUGAGGAGCUAGCGAAGGUCGACCCUUCCGUCUCUGUCCUUUGUGACGUGCACAACACACUUGUGAACACUGUGAUUCGCAAAUACGGCUCAAAAGAACAACAAGAACAAUGGCUUCCCAAACUGUCCGAGUCCAGCCUUGGGUCAUUCUGUCUGUCAGAGUCUGUGUCAGGAUCAGAUGCAUUCGCGCUGCAGACUCGUGCGAAGAAAGAUGGUGACCAUUGGAUUAUCAAUGGCUCCAAGAUGUGGAUUACGAACUCCUACGAGGCUGAGACCUUCCUCAUCUUUGCGAACACUGAUCCCAGUAAAGGGUACAGGGGAAUCACUUGUUUCAUCGCUACCAAGGACAUGGGUGUCCAAAUUGCCAAGAAAGAGCAGAAGUUGGGCAUUCGCGCAUCUUCAACAUGCUCACUCAACUUCGAUGACCUUAAAAUUCCCGCAGAGAACGUGAUUGGCGAAGUUGGAAAGGGCUACAAGAUCGCGAUUGAGAUCCUCAACGAAGGUCGGAUAGGUAUCGCUGCUCAAAUGAUUGGGCUUGCACAAGGUGCCUUCGACAAAGCGGUACCAUAUACCUACCAACGGACACAAUUUGGUCAACCUGUCGGAACUUUCCAAGGUAUGGCGUUCCAAAUUGCUCAAGCCGCCAUCGAUAUCGAGACUGCCCGACUCUUGACUUACAAUGCGGCACGGCGUAAGGAGGAGGGCAAGGACUUCACCAGAGAGGCUGCUAUGGCAAAGUAUUGGUCUAGUGUGGUCGCUCAGAAAGUUAGCGGCUCUGCAAUUGAAUGGGCUGGAGGUGUUGGUUUCACGAGGGAGACGGGCAUUGAGAAGUACUGGCGAGAUUCAAAGAUUGGUGCCAUCUACGAGGGAACAUCAAACAUUCAACUACAGACCAUCGCCAAGUUCGUCCAGAAGCAAUACUCGUAGAGACGUGGGUAUUAUUAUAAAAACGAGUCCGAAAGCAAGAGUCCUAGUUAUAAGGUAUUAGCCAUUACCCAGCAUCCGUUACUCAUUACCUCCAUCGCUACGCCCUCAAUAGCUCAAGUGUAUGAAUACUAGUCCUGUGCUUGAGGUGUCCGCAUGAAGAUAAGCAUGCCUUCAUAGACAGCCCAACCAAUAGCUGAACUGAGGACUUUGCGGGUCAUUCGUAAUGUAGCACCAUCGAAGAAGCCUAACGGCCCACGCUGUCGCAAUAUACUUGCGACUGUCUGAAGUAGGGAGUGGUAUUUUUUCUCCGUCCGCACCUGCAUUUUGGUCUUUUCAAAGAUCUCGUCAGUCCUCAGUCACCGCCAGUCCAAAGAAAUCCUCACUUUAACAACAUCAAACGGAUGCGUCACCAUAGUCGCUAUCGCCCCUGCGCUUGCCGCUGCGAAGCUAUGCAGGCCUGUCGAUGCAAUAGCUGAAUCCUGGGGUAUAUAUCGUGCUGCCAAAUAUGUUUCAUGUUAAGACAUACUCAAACUACUGGUUAACGUACCUGAUUCUUGUUUGAUGGAUUCGUAAAAGACCACAAAGAGACCAGCAUAUGGAGCAUCGC